GGUGAUCAAGACAAAAACAUAAUCAAGACAAAACAAAAAAUUCAUUUAAAUUUAGGCCUUAGACGAGGCAACAUUAUUUCGAUUAUCUGGUCACAGCUGCAAGUCAUGCCGCAAGAAUUUUUUUCGAAGUGAAAAAGAAAACGUUUACAUCAUCAUAAAAAUUUAUUUUCAUAAAAAUGGAAAUUCUAAAAAAUUAGUAAAAAAAUUAAUUUAAAAAAAGGUUGAGAAAAUAUAACCCCCCAUUGUGGCCCUCAAAAAAUACCCCACAAAAUGCAGAUCUACAAAUUCCUGUUGUAUUUAAUAUUUGCAAAUUUGGUCAAGGCCAAACCGAAAUUUAACAUAGGCAUAAUUUUGGAUGCACCCCGAGACGACUUGGAAAUUGCAUUUCUCUCGGCCAUCGAUAGAUCGAACAUAAAUGAACGCAGCUUUGAGUUGGAGGGUGUUGUGGUCUAUGCCAAUGCCGAGGAUAGUUUUUUGGUAGAGAAGGCGGCCUGCAAUUUAAUUUCACAGAAUGUCAUUGCCAUAUUUGGACCCAUACAGGGCAGUGGUUCGGAUAUUGUUGCCUCGAUUUGCCACACCCUGGAAAUACCGCAUUUCACCUUUGACUGGUCGCCCAGCGAGGCCUUGGACGAGAAACCCCUACGAAGCAUGUCCCUGAAUCUGCAUCCAUAUAAUUUGCAGUUCUCACAAGGUCUCUCGGAGACGGUGCAAAGUUUUGGUUGGCGUUCCUUUACCGUGGUAUAUGAGUCGGAAAAAGAAUUACAACAAAUACAGGACAUCUUACAAAUCGGAGAGCCGAGCAGCAAUCCCACCACGGUUAAACAGCUACCCGAUGACUCGGACUAUAGGCCGUUUUUGAAGAGCAUCAAGACCUCCACGGAUAAUUGUAUGAUUUUACACUGUUCUCUGGAUAAAAUCAUGGAGAUUCUAAGGCAGGCCGAUGAACUGAAAAUGUUGGGGGAAUAUCAGAGCAUUUUCAUACCCACCCUGGACACCCAUACCUUGGAUAUGCAAGAAAUCCAAAAUGUUGGAGCAAAUAUAACCACAAUUCGCCUUAUGGAUCCCACGGAUUAUCAACUGCGAAAUUUGGUGAGAGAUUGGGAGGAGCGUGAAAAGCGAGAGGGUAAUUUUUAUCGGGUGGAUGUAACGCAAAUUAAGACCAACAUGGUUCUGCUCAGCGAUGCUGUGUGGAUUUUUGUAAAAGGCUUGGCCGAGCUGGAAAUUGUAGAGGAGCUAAAUCCCCCGGAAAUUGCUUGUCGAAGAAACAGGCCAUGGCAGCAGGGGAGAAGGAUUUUGGAGUUCAUAAAGGCGCGUUCUGAUGAAGCCUAUACCGGUCGCAUUGAUUUCAACCAAUAUGGCCAGAGAAGCUUUUUCACUCUUCGUUGCAUGGAGGUAACCCAAACGGGUCUACUCGAUUUAUCAACCUGGGAUCCUGUCAAUGGUUUUGGUCUGUUGGGCGCCGACGAUGACAGCGACCAGCGGGUGGGAGCCAAACUACAAAAUAAAACAUUUAUUAUCACCUCCCGGCUGGGAGCGCCGUUUCUUAUGGAGAGGGAGGCCAAGGACGGCGAAAUCUUGGAGGGCAAUGCACGCUAUGAAGGCUAUAGCUUGGAUCUCAUUGAUCAUAUUGCCAGGCUUUUAAAUUUCAAAUAUGAAUUUCAUUUGGCGCCAGAUGGCCGAUAUGGUGGCUUUAAUAAACAAACACAGAAAUGGGAUGGUUUGGUGGGGCAGCUACUAGAUGGCAACGCCGAUUUGGGUAUUUGCGACCUGACCAUGACUUCGGCACGCCGCAAGGCCGUCGAUUUUACGCCGCCCUUUAUGACGCUGGGCAUCAGUAUUCUCUACAUGAAGCCGGAGGUCCAACCGGCCAACCUCUUUUCGUUUUUGUUACCAUUUUCCAAGGAUGUUUGGGUGUAUAUGGCCACCGGAUACUUGGGGGUAUCGUUGCUGCUUUUCUUUUUGGCACGCAUGGCACCUGAAGAUUGGGAAAAUCCCCAUCCCUGCAAAGAACCCGAAGAAUAUGAAAAUCUAUGGACCAUAACGAAUACAACGUGGCUGACGAUGGGUUCCAUUAUGGGUCAGGGAUGUGAUAUUUUACCGAAGGCCUCCUCCACCCGCCUGGUCACCGCCAUCUGGUGGUUCUUUGCCCUUAUGAUGUUGAAUUCCUAUACCGCCAACUUGGCUGCCUUUUUGACCAUGUCCCGCAUGAGUUCUUCCAUUAAAUCUGCCGAAGAUUUGGCAGCCCAAAACAAAAUCAAAUAUGGGGCCGUUAUGGGUGGCAGUACCAUGAACUUUUUUAAGGAAUCAAAUUUUACCACCUACCAACGCAUGUGGGCGGCCAUGGAAUCGGAUAUGACGGUGUUUACCCGCAGCAAUGAUGAGGGAGUGGAACGUGUGCUGAAAGGCAAACGGUUGUAUGCCUAUCUAAUGGAAUCCACCGGCUUGGAAUACAUUGUGGAGAGGAAGUGUAAUUUGACCCAAAUCGGUGGAUGGCUGGAUUACAAGACCUAUGGCAUUGCAAUGCCUUUUAAUUCCCCCUAUCGUAAACAGAUCAGUGGAGCGGUAUUGAAACUGGGCGAGGCCGGUACCCUGACGGAAUUGAAACGAAAAUGGUGGAAGGAAAUGCAUGGCGGUGGCAAAUGUGAAAAGGGAGAGGCUGCCUCUAGUGACACGGCUGAAUUGGAUAUUGAGAGUGUGGGUGGUGUGUUCUUGGUCCUGGGUCUGGGUUUGGUGUGUGCCUUCUGUAUUGGCAUUGUGGAGUUUUUGUGGAAUGUGAAGUCCGUGGCAGUGGAUGAGAAGAUAACCCUAAUGGAGGCCCUGAAAGUGGAAACGCUGUUUGCUUUGAAAUUUUGGAUAACCACGAAACCGGUACAUGCCAGCUCUGCCGAUUCCAGUGAUAAAUCCUCUUCAUCAUCUUCCUCUUCCUCCUCGUCAUCAUCAUCAUCGCACUCGAAAUCCCUGAAAUCGGUUGGCCUUUCCGUUUCCCAGAGCAUGAAAUCCAUGAAAAGUUCCAUACCCGAAACUGUGCGCUCUUCGGUACAUGAGAAGUUAAGAAAAAUUGGUUCCAUGUUUUCCAUAAAAUCCAUUAAAUCGGAAAAAGCUGACAAGGAAAUAGAAACGGCCACACAACAGCAAUUGAUAUUGGUGGCACCACCUCCGAUGCCCCGACCCUUGGCCAUAAUGCGUAAAUCGGAAAUACCCAUUGCCGAUAAGGCCAUACAGACAGAGGUGAAACCCAAGAAACAUCAUCAUCGUCAUCAUGAGGAAGCAGCUGCGGCUCCAGAACCGGAACCCGAACAGGAGCCCGAACCAGAGCCACAACCUGAACCCGAACCCGACCAGCCUGAACCAGAACGAGCCCAUCGUCACCAUCAUCAUCAUCACCACCACCAUCAUCACCAUCGUCGGCCAAUGGAUGAGGCCUUAGAGGCUGGGCAAAGCUAUGACCAACCCCAGACCUCCAGGGACCGCAAACGUGAAAGCAAACUAAGCUCAAAAAGUCAUUAGUCUAAUUGUGUUG